UUACUCAUGGCAAAUUCUCUUCCCAAUUUUGCAUCAUCUGGAUGCUGUGUUUUGCUCCUCCUUGUCUCAAUCUUCAUUCAAGGAGGAGUGCAAGGAUCUAUUGGGGUGAACUAUGGCACUGUGGCAAAUGACCUCCCUCCACCAACCCACGUCGCCCAUUUCCUUUUAGAAUCCACCAUUAUCAACCGUGUUAGGCUUUUUGAUGCAAACCCUGAUAUACUACAAGCCUUUGCUCACACUGGCAUUGCAGUCACAAUCACUGUCCCAAAUGACCAAAUCCCCCACCUUACCAAGCUUAGCUUUGCCCAACAAUGGCUCAAAUCCAAUGUCCAACCUUACGUCCAAGCCACCAACAUAGUCCGCAUCUUAAUAGGCAAUGAAGUUUUGUCCACCACAAACAAGUUGUUCAUUGCAGGCCUUGUUCCUGCCAUGCAAACCCUCCACGCCGCCCUUGUCGAUGCUUCGUUGGACCGCAAGAUUAAAGUAUCUACCCCACACUCUCUAGGCAUUCUUUCAAGUUCAAGCCCACCGUCCUCUGGCAAAUUUAGGCAAGGCUAUGACGUCCAUGUGCUUAAGCCGUUGCUUAGUUUCUUGAAAGCCACCAAUUCUCCUUUCAUGGUGAACCCCUAUCCUUAUUUCGGAUUCUCUGCGGACACACUUGAUUACGCACUUUUCAGGCCAAAUUCCGGCGUCUUUGAUGACAAAACUAAACUCCUUUACACCAACAUGUUGGAUGCACAAUUAGAUGCUGUUUUUUCAGCCAUGAAGCUUUUGGGCUUUGUGGACCUUGAGAUUGCUAUAGCUGAAACGGGCUGGCCAUCAGAGUGUGAUCCGGCCCAAGUUGGUGUUGACCCACAGAGUGCAGCGGAUUACAAUGGAAAUCUCAUUCGUCAUGUGACUUCCGGUAAUGGCACCCCGUUGAUGCCGAAUCGGACUUUUGAGACGUACAUCUUCGCCCUCUUCAAUGAAAAUCUCAAGCCCGGCCCAACAUGCGAGAAGAAUUUUGGGCUUUUCCGGCCCGACAUGACACCGGUUUACAAUGUCGGGAUCCUCCGGCACACGGCUAGUUCGUCUACACCUUUGAACCCAAGCCCAGGAUCAGGCCCAGUUCCAGCUCUUGCACCAGCGAGCCCAUCACCGCCACAUGGCGAGAAACUAUGGUGUCUCCCCAGGAGGGGAGCUGACGCGGAGGCCUUGCAGAGGAAUAUUGAUUAUGUUUGUGGGCUGGGAUUGAAUUGUGGGCCAAUCAAACAAGGUGGGCCGUGCUUUAUGCCCAACACAGUUCGAGCCCAUGCAGCAUAUGCCAUGAACCGCUACUUUCAAGCAAUGGGAAGGAACGGUUACGAUUGUGAGUUUGAAGGAACUGGAGCCACCACUGCCGUCGAUCCAAGCUAUGGAAAGUGCAAGUACUGACGAAUGACGAUGGAAAGAAAUGCAAUGGAGGAUGGAUGGGACCCAUGAAUUAUAAACACUUCCCUACCAAUGCUUUCUUUUUGGCCAUAGAGAUCAACGUAGGGGAUUAGUUUAGUGGCUCAUGUUUACUACGAUGUAAUAUCACAAUAUUAGUAAUUAUAAUUGUUAUUUGUAGUCUGAAU